AUGGUUAUCAGACCGGCAUGCCAACGGAACUGGUCCCAUCGCGGAGAUGAGCAAAUCGUCACGCUCGAUGACCAUGUGCGAAAAUACUUGGUCGGCCAAUCCAACCUGGGGAGCUUGCGCAAGUCAGCAGCCGGGUCAUGUCAAGCCUACGUGAAGGUGACGCUGCAACUCGGACAGUCGUGCAUUGAGUAUGUCGCUGGAUCCGGGCUGCGGAAAGCUCCCCGCCACAGUCAGACCGAGGGCCAGGGGCUGUCGACCCGAGUGGAUACUUGUCUAUUCUUGUGCGAACCACCAGGCGGUGCAUGGAGAAAAGCUGGUCGGACAAAACCAGCCGAACUAUUGCUUGGGGCACCAAUUCGUCCGGCCGGUCAUUGCCAGCAAUAUGGCGCGUUGAGGUUGCUACCCGCAGUGACCUGCCCGAAAUCCUAG